AUGCCAUGGUACUUGAUCUCAUACGUACCUUGUCCACUGAAGAAAACUGUCACUAUUCUUGAUGGUACUAUGAGAAAAGUGUCUAACUUGCAAAGUAAGGUUCGCAGAUUAUCCAUCCAAAAUGGCAAGAUGGAUAUUUCUACCACCAGCAUGAAACAAGUGAGACCUCUUACUUUUUUCACACAUGGUAUAAUUGACAAAGUACAGCUGAAUACCUGCAGUUUUGAAGUUGUGCGUGUGUUGGAUUUAGAAGGUUGUACUGUUUCAGAUCCUGGGUAUAUGAGGAAGUUAUUACACUUGAGGUACCUACGGCUGAUACAUGCACAUGUUAAUGAGCUUCCAGUGGAAAUAGGAAAGUUGCAAUUUCUGCAGACGCUGGACUUGAGACGAGCUCGUGGUAUAAAAGAACUACCGUUGAGUAUUGUCCGUCUACGGCAUUUGAUUUGCUUGUACGUUCACGAGGGCAUGAAGAUGCCAUCCGGAAUGUGUAACCUCACGUCCCUAGAAGUGCUAGACGGACUGCUGGUAGGCCAGUUAUCUUCAGGCAAUUUUAAUCAAGACACUGCAAAAGAGUUGGGCCAACUGACCAAGUUGAGUGUGCUCCGGUUUAAAUGGAGAUGUAUCAAUGACACCACUGAUAAAACUUUGGUUGAGUCCCUAAGUAACCUGCACAGAAUACAAAAUCUAGAUAUUUGUGCAGAUGGCGGUCGACAUGUCGAUCUCAUGCGUGAAGGCUGGGUUCCUCCCCCACAGCUCCAUAGAUUGCAGUUUCAGGGAACCACCUGCUCAUUCCAGACUCUGCCAACAUGGAUUAAUCCUUCAACGCUUCCUUUACUUUCUUACCUGGAAAUAUGGGUGGAGGAAGUGCGACCGGAUGACAUUCUGCUCCUCGGGCUGUUGCCCGCUCUGCGCUCUCUCUCCCUGGUGCGCAGUACUACAUUCUCAGGGGGGGCUGCAGUGGAAAUGUCAGUCGUCGCCGCUGAUGCAUUCCCAUGCGCGACGGAGUGCCGCUUCAUCGGUGUCGCCGCAGUGCCAUCUAUAUUUCCACAAGGAGCUAUGCCAAGGGUUAAACUCCUCCGCUUUGGCUUCCCCGCCGUGUGGAUUUCCCGUGGCGACUUUGAUUUCGGCAUGGGACACCUCCCUUCCCUGAAGUAUGUCCAGGUUGAGCUUCUGUGUGAAAAAGCAACUGACGUCGAGCUGGAGGAAGCAGAUGCUGCAGUGAGGGCCGCAGUGGAGGAACAUCCCAACGGCGUGCACCUUAAUUUGUCCACUUGGUAA